AUGACCUGGAGACAGAACUUUGGGGCGUGGUGGCGGUUCUGGGGAGAGGGCAUCGUCAAUAAGAGAGACUUGGAGUUGUUAGAUCGCAUUCAUCCUGGUCGUAUUCGGAGCCUGGCUGAGUGGAUGCGAAAGACUGGGUAUGAUGGGAGCCCUAGGCCUGUUCUGAAGGGGGUUGAGGACUGGAGAAGCAAGCUGCAAGCAGGGGUCUAA